CAAAGAAAGAAAAAAAGAGCGGAGUUACGCUAUUGGAAUCCAGUUUUGUAAAGGAUUAUCCAGAUCAGAUUAUUGUUGUAAAUUUGUGAUAUUGAUACAAAAUGACAAGGUUCUACCCUCGACCCAAACAUAGCUUUCAUUAAAAUUUAUCCCACGCGGAAAAGCUUCAGUUAUUUCCGGAGAAAAAUGGCCGAAUGAGUUCCUUCACUUGCAAGUCACUUGCGAAGACCUUAUCACAUCCUCUCAGCCAGAUUCAGUAUAAAAUGUCAACCCACCGGCAGCAACCAAAUCUGGUAGCUUGUUCUUUGUCUUUUUUCUUCAUUUACAGCAACACGGUAUUUAACAGGUACGUUGUGUCCAUCAUUCUUGUUCAAAACUUCGUUGAAAUUAAAUGCUGGUUGUUUUCGUUUCUUGGCUUCGCUUUAUGCUCAGAAAGUGAUUGCAGCUCGGGGAAUUAUUAAAGAAUGAUGAUAAAGUUGCUUUCUUUGUUUACGUGUUUCUAUCUUUAAGAUAACAACAAACUUACAAUUGUGCACUUUAUUAGUUUGUGAAUGGCGGUCUUAGAUAGAUAUUCUAAUCCAGGAUUUUGCUAUUACGAUAGAAAAAUAGAAAGGGGUUGCUUCCCGCUUUCGCCAUCCUCCCUCUUUGAACUCUUGCGUGCAAGCUAUUCGAUCAUAUGCCUCCUAAAACCGCCUAAUCGUUUUUUUAGUUUGUCUCUCUCUAAAUAUUAUCCUCAUAUGUUCCACAUAAACUUCAAAGUGUGUUCAACUUUAAGGUUUUCGUUUCCUUUAUUCCCUCAAUUUUCAAUCACCUGUCAAAUUGCAUCAUCAAUUCUGACCUGUUCUUGCAGUAACCUGUGUAGCGUCAUUGCGUCAAUUGAGCUGCAGAUUGAACCUGGUUGUGCUCAAGAGAAUUUAUAAAUUGUAUAAGGGUUUAAUAAUGGGAGGGCACAUGAGCAAAAAGCCAGAUGAGGUAACCUCAGUAGCUACUAUAAACAAUCUGAAGAACAAAACAGAGUUAAUGAAUUCAUAUGAAGUGGCUUGUAUGAAUGACGCGGAUUUGCAGAAGUUUGAUUCGACCCUACAGGCCCGAACCAAUAAUGUGAUUAGUACCCUAGCUGUUGGGGUUGAGGUUAAAUCAUUAUCCUUUGAUUCCUUGAAGGAAGUUACAGAGUGUCUAAUGGACAUGAACCAAGAAGUUGUCAAAGUGAUCUUAGAAUGCAAGAAGGACAUUUGGAAGAACCAAGAAUUGUUUGAACUGGUUGAGGAGUAUUUUGAGAACAGCCUUAAAACCCUAGACUUUUGUGUUUCCCUCGAAAAAUGUCUAAAGCGGACCCGUGAUUCCCAGCUAUUGAUCCAAGUUGCCCUCCAGCAAUUCCAGGAGGAGAGUGGGAAUGGAGGGAACAAUAACAAGUACACCAGAACUCUUGAGGAACUGAACAACUUCAGAGCUUCUGGAAAUCCCUUCACUGAAGAGUUUUUCCAGAUGUUCCAAUCUGUCUAUAUGCAUCAAAUAUUAAUGCUUGAGAAGUUGCAGUCAAGAAAAAACAAGCUGGAUAAGAAGCUAAAGUGCAUUCAUGCAUGGAGAAAGGUGUCAUGCGUGAUAUUUGCCGCAUCACUUGCCACCAUUCUGAUCUGCUCCGUGGUAGCUGCUGCCAUUGCUAUACCGCCGGUGGCGGCUGCUCUGGCGGCUGCCUCUUCCAUCCCCAUUGGCUCGAUGGGCAAAUGGAUCGAUUCUUUCCUAAAGAGCUACGAGGAUGUCAUAAAAGGACAGAAGGAGAUAAUAAACUCUAUGCAAGUGGGGAGUUAUGUGACCAUUAAGGACUUAGACACCAUACGGGUGCUGGUUGACAGGUUGGAGAUUCAGAUUGAGUCAAUCUUAAACAACGUUGAUUUUGCAAUUAAUGAAGAGGCUGUGAAGAUUGGCAUUGCAGAGAUCAGGAGCAAUCUGGAUACAUUCAUGAAGAAUGUUGAAGAUUUAGGGGUGCAGGCUGAUGUUUGUAGCAGGGACAUAAGGAGAGCCAGAACUGUCAUAUUGCAAAGAAUCAUUAAGCAACCCAACCAUUAAGGAUCAUUUCAUUCAUAUCACUACUUCAGAUUUCAGAGUAUUGUUAAUUGUUUUUCCUCAUGGAUCUUGUUGUUAAUGUCAUCCAUGACUCAUGAUAAUUUAUUCUUCACAUUAUUAAAUAAGGAUAUUGUAUUUAUUGAUAUUUCAUAUCAUAUGCACUAACUAUUCAUUUUUUUACGAAAAGCAAAGUUAUUAGUUAUUUAUUCCAC